UCAUUUUGUCGCAUAAUCACGAGGGGAGAGAGAGAGAGAGAGAGAGAGAGAGAGAGAGAGAGAGAGAGAGAGAGAGAGAGAGAGAGAGAGAGAGAGAGAGAGAGAGAGAGAGGGGAGGGAAAGCAGGAGCAGAAUAAUGGUGAGGCCGUAAGAUUGUUUGAGACGAGAGAAGCGAGGUUCAGAGGCAUUUAUAGGGUGUUUGCGAGCACAAUAAUGGUGGGGAUAUGUUUGAUAUGGUUUUACAGAUUGAAGAACAUUAUUCCAAGAACUACUGGAUAUCAUGAUGAUCAUGAUCAUGAUGAUCAUCAGCCUGCAGAAGGGAGAAGAUGGGCUUGGAUUGGAAUGUUCAUGGCAGAAGUAGGGUUCGGAUUGUACUGGGUCAUUACUCAAUCUGUUCGAUGGAGUUUCAUUCGUUUUUAUCCUUUGAAAGACGGGCUUUCUAACAGAUAUGAGAACAUGUUACCGGGUAUGGACAUAUUUGUUUGCACCGCGGACCCGAUAAUGGAGCCGCCAACAUUGGUGAUCAACACAGUUUUAUCAGCAAUGUCCUACAAUUAUCCACCUGAAAAGUUGAGUGUUUAUGUAUCUGAUGAUGGUGGUUCUGAAUUCACUUUCUACGCUCUUUUAGAGGCUUCUCUUUUCUCUAAGCACUGGAUACCUUUUUGCAAAAGGUUUAAUAUUGAACCAAGAGCACCAGAGGCCUACUUUUCCCAACAUUAUUCUUCAGUCCAAGAUAACAAAUUUGCUCAGGAAUGGUUGGCUUUCAAGAAAUUGUAUGAAGAUAUGAAAAACCGGAUCGAGACAGUUAUUAAACUCGGAAAAGUUCCUCAAGAAACAAGGAAGCGGCACAAAGGAUUCUCAGAAUGGAACCUCAACAUUAAAAAGAAUGAUCAUCAGUCAAUUGUGCAGAUUUUAAUUGAUGGAAGGGACACAACUGCUGUGGACAAUGAAGGAAGUCGCUUGCCAACGUUGGUGUACAUGGCACGGGAGAAAAGACCAAAUUGGCCUCACAACUUCAAAGCUGGAGCCAUUAAUGCACUUAUAAGGGUAUCAUCAGAGAUAACCAAUGCGCCCUUCAUUCUCAACUUGGACUGCGAUAUGCACUCGAACAACGCAGACACGAUCCGAGAGAUCUUGUGCUUCUUCAUGGAUGAAAAGAAAGGCGACGAGGUUGCGUUCGUGCAAUCUCCACAGAGCUUUAAGAAUGUGACCAAGAAUGAUAUUUAUGGGAGUGCUUUCUAUGUAACUCAAGAGCUUGAGUUUGCUGGAAUGGGUGGAUAUGGUGCAACUCCGUACUGCGGCACCGGAUGCUUCCAUCGGAGAGAAAGUCUUAGUGGAAAGAAGUAUUCGAAGGGUCAUAGAGUUCAAUGGAACAUAGAGGCCAAAAAGAACGAGGGCAAAAGUGUUAAUGAUUUGGAAGAAUCGUUAAAAGUGCUUACUAGUUGUAGCUAUGAGAAGGAUACACAAUGGGGAAAAGAGAUGGGGUUGGUGUAUGGUUUUUCAGUUGAAGAUGCUGUUACUGGUUUGGUAAUCCAAUGUAGGGGUUGGAAAUCAGUUUACUACAAUCCAGAAAGAAAAGCUUUCGUGGGCGUUGCUCCGACAACCUUAGAAGUCUGCCUUGUCCAGAACAAGAGGUGGUCUGAAGGCUUGUACCAGAUAUUUUUAUCCAAGUAUUGUCCCUUCAUAUAUGGGCAUGGAAGGAUCAAAUUAGGUGCUCAGAUGGGGUACUCCAUAUAUUUGCUGUGGGCUCCAAUUUCCUUGCCAGUUUUGUUUUAUGUGAUUGUUCCAUCUCUUUGCUUGCUCAAAGGUGUUGCUUUGUUCCCGCAGGUGUCAAGUCCAUGGUUUCUGCCUUUUGCUUAUGUUUUCGUAGCCAAAAAUGUGAUCAGUGCAUUCGAAGCCAUGAAUUGUGGGAGUACGCUAAAAGGUUGGUGGAACUUACAGCGAAUGUGGUUGAUUCAAAGGACCACUUCAUAUUUUAUAUCCCUUCUAGACGUUAUCAAGGGGAAAUUAGGCUUAUCUGAAACAACAUUUGCUCUCACUAACAAAGCUUUCACAGAAGAUGUCUCAAAGAGGUUUGAGCAGGAGAUCAUCGAAUUCGGAAGCUCUAGUAUAAUGUUCACCAUGAUAGCAACAUUAGCACUGCUCAACUUGUUCGCAUUAGUUGGUGGAAUCAUAAAGAUUCUCAUGGAUUUUGAUUUCAAGGCUCUAGAACAGCUAAUUUUGCAGAUUGUUCUUUGCGGGAUAAUAGUUUUGCUCAAUUUGCCGGUUUACCAAGCGCUCUUCGUUCGCCGCGACAAGGGUUGCAUACCAUCUUCUGUUAUGUUAAAGUCUGUUGUUUUGGCUUCUCUCUUAUUUCUUAUGCCUAUAUAUUAGAUUGGAUAAUGUGAUAGACACCAAUUUUCAUCCCAACAUUUGUACUAAUUCAUUAGUUAUCAUUAUUUUACUCGUAAGUGUAAUCUAUUGUUG